AUGGACUUUUUCCUAGCCUACAACUUGGAUAUUGCCACCGGUCCUGACCAAACGUUCACUCGUGCGUUCAAAGACGGUUGUCAUGACAUUGUGAACAAGUUCCUUGGCCGGGAGGACCUGACCAGUCAUUUGACUACCAGCGUUAACAUUCUCAAAGUGAUCGCCAUCAUUGAAAAAGGCGAAAAAGGAAAGCAAUGCAAAGACCACCGGGGUAUUUUUCGAAGCCUGAUUCAGAAGGCCAGGCAGGGUUUCCCCGAGUCUAUGGGCAAGAAGAUUAGCUAG